GACUGACCUUGUAGAAUGCAAAGGAGGGCAAGGAGGCCUAAUGGAGGGAGCCAAAGGAAAAUCCUGCCCCAGAGGGUGGUUGUCCUACGUCAGCAGCUGUUAUGGACUUUUCCCAGACAAAUUGACCUGGAAAGAGGCAGAGAAGGAAUGUCAGGCCCUGGGUGAAAGUGGGCAUCUUGCCUCUAUUUUAAGCGACGAUGAGCAGAAUCUAGUGGUCCCAUAUAUUAAGGAUGAAUUCCAAGGCGUGGGAAAUGUCUGGUUUGGACUUAGAGACCGCUGGAAAUUUAGAUAUUGGGGAUGGGUAGACGGAUCGGAGGCCAAAGAUUUUCACUGGACUGCAAAUGCACCCAAACUCUUUACCAGCUCAAAGCACUGUGCCUAUCUGAUAGAAUCUGAAGGUUAUAAGACCUGGCAAGAUUCCAGCUGUUCAGUACCGUAUGCCUUCUUAUGCAAGAUGAAGGCCUGAGCAGAGGGUUCUUUUGUGUCCGUCUGACUCCAGUGCCCUCAGUCUGAUCAAAGGCCACUUUUCUUGUAAGCGCCCGAGUCCUUCCAUCCACAAAAGCCCAAUGUCAUACAUCUCUGUGUGGCAGUUCAUGCCUCAAACUUCUGUUGAGCAGUAGCAGCAAUAA